UUGGGUUAAUAGUGAAUCAAGUCGACUGCUGCAUGAAAUGAAACUGGCUUUUAUAUUUAUGUCCGUGCAGCUAAUGCUCCUGGCGACUUCCCUCAACGCCAGAAGAUGUAUUCGGCCAACAACGAAGCCAACAACGACAACCACUUCGCCAGAGCCCACCGACGAUGAGCCAAGUGACGAAUCCUCUGAGUCAUCGGGGGAAAUCACUGAUGCACCAACGGAUCCAACGGGAGAGACUACUGGUUCAACACCAGAUACUUCAGAAGAAACUACUGGUGCACCCUCGGAGCCUUCAGGAGAAACUACUGGUUCAACACCGGAUCCAACGAGCAAGCCCACGGAUGCACCAUCGGAUCCUUCAGGAGAAACUACUGGCUCACCCUCGGAUCCAACGAUUAAACCCACAGAUGCACCCUCAGAUCCACCGGGAGAGACUACUGGUCCUACCUCCGAUGCAACGGAUAAACCCACAGAUGCACCAUCGGAUUCAUCGGGAGAGACUACUGGUCCUCCAACGGAUCCAACGAGCAAACCCACGGAUGCACCAUCGGAUCCAUCGGGAGAGACUACGAAUGCAGCCCCAGAUCCAUCGAGAGAAACUUCUGAGGCAGCAUCGGAUCCAACGAAUGCAUCGGGUGUAUCCACUGAUACACCUCAGACAACCAAACCUCCACCCGCAAUAGAUUCGGACGCUGCGUGCCAGGCACAUCCGGGAGUGCAUUACUUACCAAAUCCCUACGAUUGCCAUAAGUACAUACAGUGCGAGGGGAAUGUGGGGCACAUACAUACAUGUGCAGCCGAUCUCUACUGGAAUUCGAUUGCGCUGACCUGCGAUACGGUUUGCCAAUAAAGUUGUAUGAAUAGCA